AUGGAUGCCAACAGGAUCUCCAACCUCUUCAGCAACCUCUACAAGGUUGGCUUCGUCGUGGAGAAGACGAGCAAACAGAAAGCGACGAGGGUCAAGACGCGGUCGCAUCAGCGGAACUCCUUCUGGGCGCUUCGGGUGUUGAUAAUAUUCUUCAAGGUGAUCGGUCUUGCGACUUUUACGCACUGCGUCGCCGGCCAGAGGAGAAAGGACUCGCAGACGUCGUCCACGUUUCAAUAUUCUGAGCUGGGCAUCGCCUACAACGUCGUGCUCGUCAGCCUGAUGCUCGCCUCGGUCUGCCUGUCGAUACCGUACACCAUCGGGCUCGACUAUCAGAACAAGACGAGCAUGACCGUCGGCAUCGAGAUCUUCCAGACCGUGAUCGGCAGCAUCUCUAUCAGCGUGGUUCUACUCACCUACUGCUUCGGGAAGAAGAAACUGGUGCGAAUCGGCAAUCGUCUGACGGACGUCGAGCACGAGCUGAAUCACCUGUACCGUCUGUACGCUCCGUUGCAACGACAGCGCGUCUUCCGCGUCCUGACGCUCGCGUGCACCGUGCACGGCGGUAUGACGGUGAUUAUCCUGAUCGCCGAGUCCUUAGCUUUCCACAUGAACCCGAUCGCUUGGCUGACGGACAUCCUGCCGACCUUCCACUUGGGAUGCUUCAUGAUCCAGUACUUCCUGCUGGUGACGGUCAUCCAGGUGAACUUCGCCGACGUGAAUCGCGCGAUACAGCGCCUCACUGAAGCCAACAAGCCGAAUAUCCAGCCACAGUCCUUCUAUCAGGACCGUCGUCGCGUCGUCGUCGUCGGCAACUCCACCGUUCAUCAGCUGCAAGAGCUGCGGGACGUGCACGACCACCUCUGCGACGUCUCCCAGGACGUGUCGGAUUUCUAUUCGGUGUCGAUACUGUUCGCCAUCUUCUUCAUAUUCUUCUCGCUUGUAUACAACGGCUAUUACCUUAUAGCGCCCUUGCUGUUGAAGGACGAUAUCUUAGAGUACUUCGUCUUGGCCGACACCGUCUUGUGGCUGAUAUUCCUGACUUAUCCCGUGCUCCUCCUCACCAACAGCAUCACCAAGCUUUUGAACGAGGUGGGUCCGCGCCGUCGACCCGGUCGACCUUCGCCGGGAAACGAGGACGAUCAGAUCUUCUUGCAGAUGGCGAGAACGGGCAAGGUGAUAAAUAAUCUGAUGAGUUGUGUAAUCGAUAAGGAGGCGCAAUUCGAGGUAAAGCAAACUCGAGAUCCCUUCGGCCACGGUAAUCGGGUCUUAACGAUCUUACUGUAGAUCUCUUGCAGCUUCAGCAAAUCGCGAUUCAACUGCUGCACCGCAGAGUAUACUUCACGGCUAGUGGAUACUUUACACUCGAUAACACUCUCUUCCACUCGGUGAGAAG